CCAGCUUUGAGAUUUAAAACUCUCUUGUUAUCCCACCAUGGCUCUUGAAAGACAGGACGCAUCUCAACUUCAGUUGGAAGCUGUUAUUGGAUUUAACGGUAAAUUUUCGCUCGACCGCUGCGGCUAAACGGUCAAUUUGUGCCAAUUCAAGUUGCUAGGUUGCCCGCUAUUUUUCUCAUAAGAAUAAGAUAUAAAUUGACAAUUUAAGAAUAUGGCUAAAAGGAGUUAUAGUGAGCUUUCUUUGGUUUCUACCCUGAUAAUUAUACAAGUGGACUAAAACGUCAAAAUGUCGGGGUAUGGAUCUUCUCGUUAAUGCUGUGUGUUUUAGUUCGUUGGGGCUCAUGUUUCAUUUAAUCUUGUCUUUUUAGGACAUGUGAUUUCUGGCCUGAGAGUCCAUCCUCACAGAGAGCACCUGAUCUAUCCACUGGGAAGCACAAUCAUUUUAAAGACAAUCAAAGAUGGCAAGCAGGAGUUCCUUCAUGGACACACAAACAAUAUAUCCUGUAUUUCAGUGUCCAAAAGUGGAUCUUAUAUCGCCUCUGGACAAGUCAACUCUAUGGGUUUUAAGGUAGCUAUUGAAACAAUAUGUUUUUGAAUUCUUCUGUGGUAAGAAAUGAUAUCAAAAGUGUUCUUGCAUAUGUUUCAAUGAAAACAUGUUUUCUCAGGCUCCUAUUAUUAUCUGGGACUAUGAACAGCGAAAAGAAUAUGCCCAGCUUGAGCUUCACAAGGCAAAAGUGGAAGCACUGGCCUUCUCUCCAGGUGAAAAGUACCUGGUGUCUCUUGGUGGUGUGGAUGAUGACAGGUAAAGUUUGUGUGGUGCGGACAGAAACUUGUUUCAAUUAUAAUUGUGUCUUACCCAGUGCAUAACUAAUCACAUAAUCCCAACACAAUGCCAUGAGUGUAGUUUCUUUUCUCUGUGUUUUCAGCAUAGUGGUAUGGAAUAUUGAGACCAAACAGGCCAUUUGUGGAAGCCCCGCUUCAGCCAACAGCUCUGGUCACUGCCUCACUGUACAGUUCUCCAACACAAAUGACAAUGUGUUUGUAUCUGCAGGGAGGUAAGCUUUACCUGCUUUUCUGACAGAGUUUUAAGACAUCUUUUUCAUGUCAUGUGAACUCCAUCGAGAUAAUCUAGAGCUUUAUGGCCAUCACAAGUCUAGAAGUUUCUUAAUAUCAUUGUUUUUUUUUUGUUUGUUUGUUUUUUUUGACAGGGAGACAUAUCGAGUCUGGGAGCUGGACCUCCCAAACAGGAAAGUCAGGCCCAAAGAGUGUCAGACGAGCAAGCUGAGGAGGACUGUGAAAUGUGUUGAGGUUUGAUCCCAUUUUAUAUCAAUCUCAUAGCAAUAAUGAUAAGACUUUCCAAGAGUAAGUAGAUAAUUAGUGAGUCACUUGAUUCAUUUAGGGAGGUGAACAGCUAAACGUGUGUAACAAUGACCACUAAUUGUGUGUUAAAUGUGACCCAAGGCCACAGUCCAAUUUAGCGUUACACAAUGAUCAGUUCUUUUUGACUUGACCAAAAACACACAGUGCAUGGUAAACUGAUGUUCUAUCAUUCAUGAAUAUGAUUUUAUUACACAGAUUUCGGAGGAUGAUCAGUUCAUGUUCUGUGGCACCACCAGUGGAGACAUAAUGAAGAUCAACAUGAAGCAGGGGCUUCUGACAGACUGUGGUCCAGUAAAAAAAAAAUACAACCUGGUAGGUCAACAUAAACGAGCUGUUGCACCUCAAAAUUGACUCUGUGUAAGGUUUGUUUUUUUCAUUUUAUUGCAACAUUUAUAAGGUCACCUUAACUGCUGUUAUAAAUGUGGGCACUUGUGCAUUACACCACCUUGAACCAACUCAGGAGGACCAACCAACCUGCCUUUGUAGACAUUAUACUGAAAAGGCAAACUGGAAAAUAGUUGCCAAAAAUAAUUUGAUUUCAGAGCUUUAUCUUCAUGAUCAGCAAUUAUUCUUCUCUGUGCAGGGUGUUAAUGUUCUGAGGGUAUUGAAGUCUGGGGACCUGCUUGUGGGCUCUGGAUCGGGCACCUUCUCUCUGUGUUCCAGCACAAGCUUUGCAACUCACAAGUAAGUCCUGCAUCUGUAUUAUUUCAAUAAUACCCAGUGAUAAAAUACUGAUAUUUGGUGAUAGUGCAUUGUAUACAGAAUCCACACCUUUUACCAACAAGAUAUCUUGAGUACAAACAUAAUACUUACAGUGUUAAGACUUUUUUUUCUUUCUUCGUCUUGUCCCUCAUCAGGACAGUGGAGCUUGAAAAGGGGGUGACUUCCAUUGCUCUGAGAGGAGAGGGCCAGCAGUUCUUUGUUGGUACAGAGGCUAGUCAGAUGUACCGCUUCAGUUACGACGACUUCAAUCCAGAACUCAUUUCCACCAGCCACAGCAGUGCUGUCAAUGAUGUCGCCAUAUGUUUGUAAGUGCCAGAUAGACAUUUCACACAGAAGUGGACUUUUUUCAGCUUUAGGCUUGACAAGAACUUCAGUUAAAUAUGUUCCCUUGUGCCAAAAUAUGACAGAAAAAAACAGAAUCUAAAAGAUAGUUAAGAAAAAAAAAAAACCCGGGGGUCAUGAAGAAGGUGUGUUUUUGUGAUUUUUUUAGAGAUUAACUGGACAUCACAAGCGGUCACUGCUCUUUCUCAGUGGACAGCUUCAAUCCCAUGUUUCUUUUGUAAUGCCAGAAUUCAGUACUUAAUUACUCUCACUAGAGGGCGACAUAUGCUUUCCUCCUUUUUAUGUGCUUCUCAUACCUAUACUGGUUUUAGUUAUUUAAGCAAAUCCCGGGCUUGUGUAUUGAUCUGUGCCAUGCAAUUUUGUGAAUCCAGUGUUUAACAUGAAUGCCUUUAACUAGAAGCUAGGAAUAACCACAAGUCUAAACUCCUACUCUCUUUUUUCCCCUCCAGUGGAGUAUCUGAAUUAUUCGUAACAUGCUCUUUAGAAGACAUCCGAUUAUGGCACAUAAACAAGCCCAAAGAACUGCUGCAUAUCACUGUACCCAACAUGACCUGCAAUUGUGUGGAUGUUAUGAUUGACGGACAUAGCAUCAUCAGUGGUAAGAAUCAGGGGGAAAUAACAGCUGAUGUGGCAUUUCUUGUUAUUUACGACUGAUUGCUUCGUUGAAUCCUCAUUUUUCUCCUGGCCUUGCUUUCCUUUUUCAACACCUUAAAGCUUGUGUGCACUUCUGGUUAAUCACUUAACUCUACUUUGUUAACCAGAACUUGUACUUGUGCAAAAGCCAUAAACUGAAUCUAAUCCAAUAUGAUAUGAUCAUUUUGCCCCUCGUUUGGGCUGUUCAUGAUUACACACAGCCAAUGUGCUGGUUCUUGUGUGGAGAAACUUGCUAGAUAUCUGCUACAUACUAAGUAAAAUGUAACUAUUUCACAAACUGAAAUAAAUUCAUCUUAUUUAUGUGUUAUUUAUUUGCCACUGUCUUUUAGCAUGGAAUGAUGGUAAGAUUCGUGUGUUCGCACCUCAAAGUGGACGGCUCAUGAUCAUCAUUCAUGACGCACACAGAAUGGGUGUGACAGCAAUAGCAGGCACCAGGGACUGCAAGAGGAUUGUCAGCGGAGGAGGGGAGGGGCAGGUCAGUAGGAAACAGUGAUGAAAGAUAGAUGAUGCCUUGCAAACUCACCAAAUUACAGCUCAAAGCAACCAAGUGAAAUUCUGCACAAGCAUCAUGAAAUUGUGAUAUGAUAGAAUUCGAGUAGCUGUUAUCCAUUUUUCCACAAUAGAAUUAAACAGACUAUAAAAGAAUCAUUUCUGAAUUCCUUCAAAAUUUGUACAGCUUCAGAGGAAGAUAGUUUCUUAAUGCAUAUGGUAACAGGAUUUAAUCCAUUUUUCAUGCGGGACACACAUUUAGGAUUAUAAUGUACUCACUGUCCUAUCCAUUUGAGUAAUGUCUGAUGCCAUUUCUAAGUUUCUUUUGGGUUCAUCUAUUGUAGGUGCGUGUUUGGGAGCUCCUGCCACAUGGUCAUAAGCUUCUAGAGACCAUGAAAAUGCACCAAGCCAUGGUCACCUGUGUCACGAUCAAGAGCAAUGACAAAGAGUGUGUCACUGCCAGUGCUGACGGUGCCUGCAUCAUCUGGGACUUGGUGUGAGUAGCCACACAGCAACACAAAUCUAGGACAUGCAGUGUGUGUCCAGUUUUCAGCUUUAUUCUUUUAUAGGUAACACAUUAAAUCAAACUAAACAUUUAAUCACAUUUAACAGUCACUGGUAUUUCAUAAGGACCUAAACCACAUGCAAUUAUUUAUUGCCUUACUUGUGAAAGUCACUUUCUCGCUCCAAUUUUUUCUUCUGUAGGAGGUUUACCAGUCUCAAUAUGGUCAUCUCGAAUACCUUGUUUCGCAGUGUGUGCUACCACCCAGAGGAAUACCAAAUCAUCACCAGUGGCACCAACCGAAAGGUAUGUUUUGGGUACCAAGCAACCUCAAACCAGAUACUAGUUAAUAAAUAAAGGAUACUGCAGAGUGAGAAAGUGGUUAUGGGAAUUCAAAUCUCAAGAGGAUAAGCAAGACUUGGAUGUCAAGUGGAGGCAUCUUGCUUCAAUUUGAUCUUAUUGAUUUAAAAACCAUUUGCUUCCUGUAAAUUAUCAAAUGAACAGGGGUAUGCAAACUGCAGCCAGUCAGGUGUGCAGUCCAGACCAGCUUUUUGUGUUAUUGUGACUGAGGUUGCAGAUAACUGUCAUCAGCUCUGCUCAGAGCUACACUGAAAUAGGAGAGUAGUAGAGUCAAUUCAUGAGAGGUGGGACAAAUUUCAUAAUUUACAUCCAUCUGCCUGGAGCGAGUUGAUAAGAAGCAGCCUGUUUGAAAAAGCAGUCAAAAAAAGAAAUACUCUUGUGCCCAUUAUGGCCCAGCCUGUAUGUGGAGGGUUGAGCCACAGACAGCCUCAGCCUCAUUUAGCCCCUUGCUAUCAUAAAAAUAGUCAAGGGAAUGUUUAUAGACUUUCUGUAUAGAUACAUAAUUUCUAAGUCAUUCAAAGGCUGAAUUGUCUUGAUUGAGGAGUUGAAGUGCGACUACACUUGUAAAUAUUGCACUGAAAUUUUAGAAAAUGUCACAGUAAUUGUGCAUGGUUUUUAGUGGCGGUGCACAAUGACCCUAUUUGCGCUGUGAAUCAGAAAAUGUCUGUUUGGCACAAUUUUGACCAAUUGAAGUUGCUAUUAGAAGCUAAAUAGAUGCUAAAAUAAUGUUUUUGUCUUGUGUCAGCAGGCAGACAUGCAACGGGGUGGGGUCCUUUCAGCAGAUUUAGACCAGGCUGAUGUUGAUGACAUGUAUGAUUAGGUUUUACUUUUGAUAAUUAAUCCCUGUUGUUGUUGGAUUUUAAUCAAUAGGAAUUAAGUAUUUAACACAACUGGGUGUAGCUUUUCUCAUCACUCCCACUAUCUUACCACUGCAGUCUUGGGAAUCAAGCAAUAUAUCCAUAACAGGAUAGAUUGGUUCACAAAGCAAUUCCUAGGACUAGGACAAUCCCUAGAAUUUUAAAGCGCAGUUCCUCAGGCUGUUCAAAGAUUGACACUUUACUGUUGACACUAUCUAGAUGUGUCACUGUGCUGUUAUUGUUGUGAUAAUAAUCCCCCCUCGGUGGGUGUGACAGAAGGGCCUGCCUAUCAGAUAAGAUCAGCAUGCAGGAAUACAGUAAAUACUUGCAGAUUCAAUGCACACUUCAUGUUCAAAGAUUUGUUGAAAGUCUUUUUUUCCUUCAGCUCAACAUAAUAAAACCACAGUGGGGGCUACAAUGGCAAAAACAUUUAGCCCUGUGAGUCUGUUAUUUAGAGGAUAAUUUUGAUUGGUGGCUCGACUUAUUUACAUAAAGUCAGAAGUUCACAGCUGAUGAAUGAAACAGUUGUUUCCUUGAUUGUACUCCUCAUGCACACCUCUUGAACCCUGGCCACACUCUACACUCAUACUGUCGCCACACUCGCAUGCUGAGAAGUAGGAACAAGUAGUGCUUAUUACUGUAACAGAGCACUACGGAUGUGCUGAGUGAGACCAAAGAGAAAAAGAGAAAGAAUUCAGUGAAAAAAGAGGGAGUGUUGUGGUGUUUGUUUUUCUUCUGCUGUAAAAUUUUAAUUAGUUAUUUGCUGCCAUAAAACUUGGUCUAGUAUCAUAGUUAACAAUUUCAUUGACAAAUCCAGUUCUUGUGCUUUUGGUUAGCUGAGCAGGGAGGAAACACGAGUCGCUGAAUUUUCAGUAGCAGACGAUUCAUACUGCAAGGAAUGUGACCCUUAAAUGACAUGACUGGAGCAAUAUUUAAGCAGCUGUUGCUCAGGAAACUUUGGCUUUGCUUUUGUGCAAGAGGAAUAAGUGGAGAUGCAUUGUCCAUUUCUUAGACAGUCAGUGUUUUAUAUCCACCAUGAUUAAUUUCUGUGUUAACAAAUGCCUGUGAUAAAUGACUGCAACAUGAUGUUUGUUAAAAGCUGCUGUCUGUGUGUUCAUUUCUUCCUCAGAUUAGCUACUGGGAAGUGUUUGAUGGUUCGGCCAUCAGAGACCGGGAGGGCUCUCAGUCUGGUGCCAUCAAUGCAAUGCAUAUUUCACAGGAUGGGAGACACUUUGUGACAGGUAAGGUCCAUUAGACACAUUUUCCACUUGUUGUGUUGUUGCUUUGCUAUUUUUGGUCAUUUUCUCCUGAAACUCUUUUACUGAAAAUAAUUAAGUUCAUUUUACACUUGACCAAAAUUGUUACUGACAGCUUCUUUGUUCAUGUAUUGAUCAAAAAUUGGCUUUUUAAAACAUUGCUCCAGUUCAGUUUUUGCUUGGGUUUUUUUUUUUACCCUGGUUUUUGCUGCAUUGUUUUAUAAUCUAUUCAGAGCCUUUCUUUUCAGUUCCUCUGCUGACACCACAAUGCAUGCUCACCUCAAACUCCUCCCUAAUUCCCCCUCCCCCUCAUAGAUAUUUGUCUCCUUUUCCCAACAGGUGGAGAUGACAAGAUGGUGAAGGUGUGGGAUUACCUUGAAGGGGAAGUUACCCAUGUCGGGAUAGGUCAUGGUGGUAGUAUCACCAGCAUCAAGCUCUGCUGCAACAACAGAACCUUAAUCAGCACCAGCGCAGAUGGUGCAAUACUGCGUUGGAGGUUCCCCCACCCCCCUUCUUCUUCUUAAUCAGACAAAAUGAGUCUCAAGCUCAGACAUAUUAGUCUGAGAAGAACUGUAAAAGAACUUUAUUGAUCCCCAAUGGGAAAUCUUAAUAAUUCAAAUGCUUCAGUAAAUCUAAUGGCAUGCAAACAUACCUUUAAGAGCAUUUUGAGAGUAAAAGGAUGGUGG